AGGUAAAAAUGAAUGAACAUAAGGAUACAAAGAAGCCAAAGUUGGAUCUAGAAUCUGGUGAUGUUGAAGACACUGAAGACUGUAUCGAUAGUGGAGACGUUGAUUUUAAGUUUAGCAACGAACUCGCUCUGGAAAAGAUUCGUCAAUUACAGGCAAAGUUUUGUAAGGAGAGAAAUUGGGACCAGUUCCACAAACCUAGAAAUGUGCUCCUUGCGUUAGUUGGGGAGGUAGGGGAGUUGGCAGAAAUAUUUCAGUGGAAGGGUGAAGUUAGCGUGGGAAUUCCAGAGCUCAGUGAUAAAGAGAAGGACCAUGUCGGACAGGAGAUGAGUGACAUCUUAAUUUACCUAGUCAGAUUAGCAGACAGAUGUCGGAUUGAUUUACCAUCAGCUGUGCUACAGAAAAUACACCAAAAUGGACUCAAGUAUCCUGUCCAAAAGGUCUAUGGCAAAAAUAACAAAUACACUGAUUAUGUGAAAGAGGGUAAUGAAGACAAGACUGACCUUAACAAUCAGGACCAGUAGGGAGAGAAGAUCUCAAGUAUUCAAAUGUACUACAAAGCUGUACACUAAUGUUCUACCAGUAUUAUAGGCAACAUCAAACUGUAGUGAACACUAUGUUGGUUUGAUUUUGUAGUUGACGUUAAAAUACUUUUGUUGUUUGUUAGUUAUUUUGAAAAUUUAUUGAUUUUUAUUGAUCAUUUAAGUAGCUAUCACCUGUACAUAAUCAUUGUAAUGUUAUCAAAACACAAAGUAAACAUUAAAUUUUAACCACA